GCCCGGGGCGGGCGCUGCGGGGUCGUCGGGGCGCCUGGGGCCUCGGGCCUGGCUCUGAGCGGACCCCCUGCUCUCCUUCCUGCUCCGGGCCGGCCUGGAGCCCUUUUUCUCACUCUAAGAGGGCAGGCGGGAGUCCCCGGGAGGAGCGACCGCUCCCGGCCCGGAUCGGGGGUCGUCCGAUUCCUCCGAUGGGACCAGGGGAGUCGGGGAGCACCUGGCAAGGUCUUGGGGCGCUCCCCCGGACUCCCUGACCGUUAACCUUCUCCCUCAAAAAGUGGUCAGCGUUGACCGAGACAAAAGAAACGGCCUAACACUAUUUGGGUUUGUUUUGUUUUGUUUGGGGGGGCGGGCAGGACGGGGUGCUCUUGCCGGGGGGCGCGGCUCUGGCAGGGAGGCAGCCCACCCGACCGGUUUCGUAAUCUAGCCAGGUUUUGCUCUCGCGGGCCGGGCGGCCGAACUCAGCUGGAUCUCCUUGACCAGUGUGAAAUGCAUUUGGAAGGUCUGAUCGAGUGUGAUUUAGACAUUUUCCAAGCCCUUACCCAGCACCAGGACCAUCUGUUUCCUUUCUUCUCUUCCUUUCCUGGACGCUUUUCGUCUAUCCUGCAGUUGUACCCCGUUUUGAGGAUUUCAGACACCAGCAUAGGGGGACAGCACUCAAAUCGAACACUACUAAAAGAGAAGUAACUCAUAAGAAUGUGUCUUCCUGCUGAUUCAGUGAUAAGGGGUCGCGUUGCUUUACUUCGGUUGUUUUAUUUUAGGCUGGCAGAAUUGCCCAAAUCGAAAAAGGCACCCUGAAGUUCAUAACAAGUGCAGUUUUGCUAGACGUGCUACUUGGCUAGUUUUAAAAAUGUCAUUCUCUUUCUGUGUUCAGGUUUUGGGUGACAUAGCACAUUCAGAUCUACAUAACUUUAAGGGGGGAAAACACAGUUUGCAAUAGAACAGUUUUUAUGGCCAGAUAAACAUAAAAUGGAUCUUUAAAACUCAGUAAUGGAAAACUUUUGUAUAGUUCUUAAGCACUGUGUGGGAAAUGUUUGAGUCAUUUUAGAUCUGCUACAGGUUCUUGAGAAAAGGAAUGUAUCAAAUCAGGCAAGACAGGGUUUUUCAUGAAUGAAGAGCAGUAUUGCUCUUGAGGGAGAUGAUAGCCUUAGACUCAAAGGCAAUUUUUAAUUUUUCUUUCUUGCUUAUACACCAGCUACAGCACCUUACUUUUAGAAUUCAAUUAAAAUUUAUAAAAAACAGUGAUAUUUACAUUUUAUAUUAUUCCUUAACUUAAAAUAUCAAGAAUCAUUUACUUUUUUGACACUGAAUACAGCUUCAUACUGAGAUAAUUGGGGAUAAGAAUUUAUUACAUCAUUUAUAUUCUAUACUAAUUCAGGCUGAUAUUUACAGAAAUAAGCACUUAGAAAAAGAAAGAUGGCUGUCAGUGCUCUCACAGUAAAGACUCAUUUUUGUCCUGAGGCCUGUGUUUUCUGUCUGCAUUAUCUUCUUAUAAUUGUGUAUGUUAGCAUCUCCCAAAUUAUCCGUGUAAAUUGUCUGACUCUGUCUCUGUAAUAUCCAGCUUGUCUGCUUUGCUGAGGUUAGAAAAAGAGUGGAUUAUAUUCACCUGCCCCUGGGAGUUAAUGCACUGCAUUUAGAAAAGUAGUGUUUUUAUUUACUUAGCAUUAAUGUUUUCAAUUGUGAUACUUACUAGUUUACCUUGAUAGGCAGUUAAAUGUGAUGAAAAAUUUUUGGUGUACUUUUUUUUCUUUUCCCUUUAACCAUUGUCUUGGAAAUGAACCCAUAUGUAAUGCUGAAUAAGCCAUCUUUGUGUUAUUUGAAGAAUAUCUUUUUUUUUCCCUAGCCCAAGAUUGGUUUCCAUUUAUUCACUUCUGUUUAUUUGCUUGACUUUUUUUCUAUGGCCUAGUCUUACCAUUCCUCAAUGGCCUAGUCUUACCAUUCCUCAGUUCAUUUCAUUAGCUUUUCUCUAUCCUCCUUUUAAUUUGUUUGCCCAAUUAGUAUUUUCUGAUAUAGCAUUGCAAUUAUGAUUAUCAGGGUUCUACAGAGAAGGGAGAUAAUCCUGCAGACAGAUGCUGACAUGACCUUUUUUCAAUUGUGUCACUGUAUGAAUCUCUAUAAUGUUUUCUCAACCAUUUUGGUAUUAUUUUCUAGGUUUUUUGAUUCAAUUGGAUCCACCUUCAAAUGUGUUUUUUAGGGUCAAUCAGAUACACAUUCAUUUAAAUAGGGUUUAGGUGUAGAGUUUUCCUUAUUGUGUAAUUAAUGGUUUCUUCUCACUUCCUGUUAACUACUUAAAAGGAUGAAAUACAACUAAGAUAUUUUCAAAGAUCAGUACUUGAAGAUGUGUUAUUAAUCUGAUAGGCUACAUUUUGAGUUUAGGAGAGAAAUUCACACCCUGAAUGAAAACAAAAACUGUAAUGUAACUCUUGCCUCCUUUUUCAGAAAUGACAGCUUUCCUUCAGGAUAGAAAUGAUUGGCUAGUAAGAGUCAGGAAAUUAGCUAGUUGCCACAAGUCUGAAAUCAGGCCUCUCGUGUAGUUAGUUCUGAGGUGGAUCAUUUUAGCCCAGCUUCUCCAAAGGAUAAAUAAAACACCUUCCAUUAGUACAACUCAGUAUUUGUUGAGGGCCUUAGUCUGGGUAAGGUAGUCUGCCAGGGACUAAUAUCUUGUAAUUCUAGUCAGUUCCAUCCUUGAAGGCAGAUUUAUUCCAGGAGGAUAAAAGGGCAAUGUCAGGAAAAAAUGUUUUAUCUGUCUUAACUAGUUAAUUCAAGCUUGCACCUUCUCUUCCUUUACAAGAAGAUUUUGUUUACCACUGGAAGGCAAUUACCCAUUACUAUAUAGAGACUUCAGAUGAUAAAGCCCCGGUGACAGAUACAAAUAUUCCAUCUCAUCUGGAACAGAUGUUAGUUAUCUUAGUACAAGAAGAAAAUGAACGGGAAUUUGGAGAGACGGGGCCAUGUAUGGAAUAUUUACUUCAUCACAAGAUCUUGGAAACAUUAUAUACCUUAGGGAAAGCUGAUUGUCCUCCAGGAAUGAAACAGCAAGUCUUGGUGUUCUAUACCAAACUUCUGGGGAAAAUCCGGCAGCCGCUACUCCCACAUAUUAACGUGCACAGGCCCGUGCAGAAGUUGAUUCGACUGUGUGGGGAAGUCCUUGCAACGCCAACAGAAAAUGAAGAAAUUCAGUUUCUCUGCAUUGUGUGUGCAAAGCUGAAACAAGAUCCCUAUUUGGUUAAUUUUUUCCUGGAGAACAAGUUUAAAUCAUUGGCUUCCCAAGGAGGCCCAAAUGCAAUUUCAGAAGAUGUAUUAAAAGGUCAAGAUUCCUUGUCAACAGAUACAGGCCAGUCCUGUCAGCCAGAGGAACCAUCGGCUGCUUCUGGAACGGAGCACACAGACUUAGAAGAUGAGCCUUCUCAUCAGACGGGUGCCCUGUCCACGAGCUUGGAAAAUCUCAGCACCACUGCACUGCCAGAGGCCACAGUUGUUCGUCCAAACCAGGAUUACAACCUAGUGAAUUCUUUGUUAAAUCUUACUAGAAGUCCUGAUGGCCGAAUAGCCGUGAAAGCCUGCGAGGGCUUGAUGCUCCUAGUGAGCCUGCCGGAGCCAGCCGCCGCCAAGUGCCUCACGCAGAGCACGUGCUUGUGCGAACUGCUCACUGACAGGCUCGCCUCCCUGUACAAGGCCCUGCCUCAGUCAGUGGACCCCUUAGAUAUUGAAACAGUGGAAGCAGUUAACUGGGGCUUGGACUCGUAUAGUCAUAAAGAAGAUGCUUCAGCAUUUCCCGGAAAAAGAGCCUUAAUUUCAUUUCUCUCCUGGUUUGAUUAUUGUGAUCAACUCAUAAAGGAAGCACAAAAGACUGCUGCUGUUGCUCUUGCCAAAGCUGUUCAUGAAAGAUUUUUUAUUGGUGUUAUGGAACCUCAGCUAAUGCAAACUUCUGAGAUGGGUAUUCUGACAUCAACUGCUCUGCUCCAUCGCAUUGUUCGGCAAGUAACCUCCGACAUUUUGCUUCAAGAAAUGGUGUUUUUUAUCCUUGGAGAACAGAGGGAACCAGAAACUCUGGCAGAAAUUAGCAGACAUCCUUUAAGACAUAGGUUAAUUGAACACUGUGAUCACAUAUCUGAUGAGAUCAGCAUAAUGACAUUAAGAAUGUUCGAACAUCUUUUACAAAAACCCAAUGAGCACAUUCUUUACAACUUGGUCCUAAGAAAUCUUGAAGAAAGAAACUAUACAGAAUAUAAACCUGUGUGCCCAGAAGAUAAAGAUGUAGUGGAGAAUGGUUUAAUAGCAGGAGCAGUAGAUCUGGAAGAAGAUCCCUUAUUUACUGACAUUUCACCAGAUAACACUUUGUCAAAUCAAGAGUGGCUUAGUUCCUCACCUCCUGCUACUCCAGACCACCCCAAAACCGAUGGGAAAACUGAAGUCCACAAAAUUGUAAAUAGUUUCCUCUGUCUGGUCCCAGAUGAAGCAAAAUCAUCCUACCACGUGGAGGGCACUGGAUAUGACACCUACCUCCGAGACGCUCACAGGCAGUUCCGGGACUACUGUGCUAUCUGCUUAAGAUGGGAGUGGCCUGGCUCUCCAAAAGCAUUGGAAAGGUGCAAUUUAGAAGCAGCUUUUUUUGAAGGUCAUUUUCUGAAAGUCUUAUUUGACAGGAUGGGAAGAAUUCUUGAUCAGCCAUAUGAUGUCAACUUACAAGUAACAUCGGUGUUAUCUAGACUUUCUCUCUUCCCUCAUCCACACAUACAUGAGUACCUCUUGGACCCUUAUGUGAACCUUGCGUCUGGCUGUAGAUCUCUAUUCUCUGUAAUCGUCAGGGUUGUUGGAGACCUCAUGGUUCGAAUCCAGCGUAUUCAAGACUUUACUCCCAAGCUUCUACUAGUCAGAAAGCGAUUACUUGGUCUGGAGCCUGAAGGACCUGUGAUUGACCACAUCACCUUGUUGGAGGGUGUGAUUGUGCUGGAAGAGUUCUGUAAGGAGCUGGCAGCCAUUGCCUUUGUGAAAUACCACGCAGCCUCCACACCCUAAACAGCAUCUUUCAAGUAACCAAGGGAACAGAACUAUCAUGUACAUUUCAUCAAAAAAGCCUCAGUUCCACCCAGCCACGUGACAAUAAAAAGCCUUUUUAAAUGAAGCAUUGCUGUAAACUGGACAGAACCAUUCAGAACCCACUGAGUGGACGCUCUCAGUACAGUGUUGUGUGAUGUUGUUUUCACUGGCUUUAUCAUAAUGGUUCUGUAUAUAAAGUUGCACGUCCUUGAAUCCAGGAUACAAUCAAAGGAACUUCAGGAAAUAAGCAUUUCUAAUGCCUGUGUGAAAAGCUGCAAAAUUUCUGAUGUCAUGACUUUGAUGAUAUUUCUGUUAAUCCAAUAUCCUUUUAGGUAGCAAGGCCUUUUGACAUUCUUUGGGACUCAAGUGCUUACAUUCUUUUGGAUUAACAAGUAGCAAAAAAUAAAAAACCAAAACCCUAAUUUUAUAACUUUUUAAGGUCAGAAUUCUUAUCAAACAAAAUAUUUAAAAGAACUGCAAAUGAGAAAAAAAAAUACAAUUUAGAAACUAUCAAAUGAAUUAAUAAUAGAAGAUAAAAAUGUGUAGAACACCAUUAACUUUCUUCAGCUUUUCUAAGAAUAACAGUUUAAUAUGGUAAAUUCUUGAUUAAUAUAUAUAUAUAUUUUUAAAGAAACGUUCUUUUACUCUUUUGUGCACAUAGCCAGGUUAGUGAUUGAUUUUCAUGUAUGGGUCCCAGUUAAUUUAAACUUUGUCAUUUUUGCAACAACAUUGAAUUUGUGCUCACCAUUGGUAUUGUUUACUAAAAUAGUAUUUUUUAAGCUGAUUAACAUGUAUUGGGUUGAGACCCUUUUCUUUUUUUCUAUCUCUGCGUCCCUCUCUGAAACUUGCUUUAUAAUUUGAUUUUCAUAUUGAAACGCAUUGUAGUAUAGGUGGCAGCAAUCAAAAUGCCAAUGGCGUCCUGAAUGUUUACAGUUUUUUUUCUCAGUCUUUUGUUUUAAGUCAUUCUAAAGAGAUUUAAAAGCAAACCAACCAAUCUGUCCUGUUUACAUAUGAAAGAACUUGGGUAAAGUGGUAUCUGUGUGGGCACGGGUGCAGGAAGGAGUGGUGUGCUCAGCACGCGUGUCCUUGGCUUACACAGUGGGGUUUGCUGAUCCACUUUCUAUGCUUCCUUUUAAGUGACGCUUAUCACUCAAAUAUGCUUUUGAGCUUUCUUGGGUUUUUGUUUUGUUUUUUUGGUUGAUGUGUUAAGCAGCAGCACUUUGCUCCUUGCCUUCCCAUGUACUGGCGUUUGUGGGAGCAGCAGUCUAGCGAGCCUUCCAGCCUGAAAGGGACCGAACUGCCCCUUGAGAACUUGUUUAGCGUAUGUGCAUCUCUACAUCCUACAGCGUGUGCGUAGAAGCAUAUUUUACACCUACUGCUAAUUUUGUUGUUUGUUUUCCGAUUUAUUUUGUAGUUAGUUUUUGCUAUUUAUUAAGAACAAAAUGUCAAAAAAAUUAUGACUAUUCUUGGCUUACUUACCACUGUUAAAAAUGACAAAAAAGCUAAAUUUCUAAAUUCAAUGCAAAUCUUUUUUAGCUCACUCUAGGAGAUUUAUUAAGCGAAACAAUGAAGAAAUAAGCGGGAGAUAGUUACUUUGUGCACGUUUUUCUUUAAAUGAUUUUUAACUGUGGGAAGGCAUAUUAUUCUUUUUGCUGUAUUUAUUGAUGUAAGGAACACUGCAACAUCUUUAUUUUAGAUGUAAUUGUAGUCUACUUUGAUGUAGGUGUAUUUAAAAUAGAACAUUAAGAGGUAUUAGAUAUUUCUUAAUGUUUUCAUAGAGUUCAAUAAGUGUAAUGGCAAUGUUACCUCGAAAGCCAAAUACUAUUUUAUCCUUGAUUUCACAAUGGGACCUUUUGGCUAAUCCAUGAAACCAAGCUCAGAAAAGCUUUAACUCCUAUUUGUGUGUGUGUGUGUGUGUAUGCUGCUUCUUAAAAGAUAAUUAUUUUCCUAAAUUAUUAUAAUGACUUUGAUUUGUAAUCAGCUAAUGCUUAAGGUAUAGUUUGCUUAUCUUUUAAGUUGGUUUCUGUCCUUCUUUUCUUUUUCUUAUUUAGUUCAGACCUAGAGCCAGCACAAGUUCUCAGAGUGAGUCUGUUUUGUCAGUGAAACAUUUUGCUACGUGACUAGCCAUAUUGAUACUUUCGGAAGUUGACUGUUUCUGUUCCUUAGCACGUGCAGAACAGUGACUGCCGCACACUGUGUUGGGUGGACAGUACCACCCUAGGGGUCGCUUGCCAUAACAAGUUCCAAACUGAACUUUAGUCUUGCUUCACAUUGGUGUAUGGGUAUAACUUUCUUUUUUAAACUUUCUCUCUUAACAGUAUAGUCUUUGGCUUUUUUCUUUCUUUUUUUUUUUUUAGUAAUGAGCCACAUUCUUGACUCGAUAGAACUCAAGAUUUGUCCUUAGCCGGCCAAUUAUCAUUGUAGUACUCACAUUCUAACUCUGUAAUGUUCUCAUAAUGUAUCUGUCUGUGCAAUAUAUAAGCUGUGAGUGAAUUCAUAGCUUUUUGGUUUAAUUGUACAUUAUUGUAUGUGUAUAUCUGUAUAUAUAUGUGUGUAUAUAUCUAUGAGGACCAAAAUCCUUAGCUUGCUUACACUGUUGCUAGUGUAAAGAUUAUUACACUUAAUUUUACGGGGCACAAAUUAUGGAAUUACUUCAUAAUUCAUGGUAACAUAUUUCCAUAAAUUAUUGCAUUAAUAUACAAUUACCAUUUAAUUAUGAAGUUUAUAAGUAUUGACAGAAGUUACAGUGAAUUGCUAAACCCACAAUUUAUAUGGUAAUUAUAUUUUGGAUUGUACAAUUAAUCAAAAUAUGCAUGUCAUCGUGACACUUGAUGUGUUAAAACAUGGUAGGUAAUCAUAUUUCUGGGCCCUGUAAAAUAGUGUUACUAUAAUAUCUGUUUUGCCUCCUGCCUUGUUUACAUUAAACAAAGGAUAUUUGGUAAAUUUUUCUAUUGAACAUUGUAUAGGUUACUGACAGUGUUAUGAUGGCCUGGAAUUCUAGGUCGGUCAUCUCUGAAGAAACUCUUCAGAUGGUGAUUGUGUACCUACUAUCUCUUCAGUGGAGGUUGUAAUCAAAUUUUUGUGCUAACAAUGCAUGCAGGACUAAGAGGGAUAAUUAAAAAUAAAUAAUGUAAUUUAAACAAAA